AUGUUGACCAAAGUUCUCCUGAUCCUCCUGGGCACGUUCAUAAUCAUUCCGUCGAGGAUUGAAGGACCUCAUGUUGAAUCAGAGAAAGGACCCUCUGCCAGUGAUGAUGAUGUCUAUGGCCCCAAGCCCCAGGCCCCUGAUAAGGAACUCCCCCCUGAAGAAAUAAAGCCCACUGCUAUUGAUACCCAUGACAGACUUGGCAAAAUGCCAACAGCCACUGAAAUCCUGGAUGGUAUCUUGAAUAACUAUGACUACAAACUGCGCCCUGGCAUUGGCGAGAGGCCCACUGUGGUCACUGUCGGGCUCUCUGUCAACACCCUUGGGCCUAUCUCUAUCCUGGACAUGGAAUACACCAUUGACAUCACCUUCUACCAGACUUGGUAUGAUGAACGCCUUUGUUUCAAUGGCAGCUUUGAAAGCUUUGUUCUGAAUGGCAACUUGGUGAGCCUGUUAUGGAUCCCAGACACCUUUUUUAGGAAUUCUAAGAGGACCCAAGAGCACUCGAUCACCAUGCCCAACCAGAUGGUCCGCAUCCACAAGGAUGGCAAAGUGUUGUACACAAUCAGGAUGACCAUUGAUGCUGGAUGCUCACUCCACAUGCUCAAAUUUCCAAUGGAUUCUCACUCUUGCCCUCUGUCUUUCUCUAGCUUUUCCUAUCCUGAGAAUGAGAUCAUCUACAAGUGGGAAAAUUUCAAGCUUGAAAUCAAUGAGAGUAAUUCCUGGAAGCUCUUCCAGUUUGAUUUUAUAGCAGUGAGCAACAUGACUGAAACUAUCACAACCGUAGCUGGCGAUUAUGUAGUCAUGACGCUUUUCUUCAACGUGAGCAGGAGAUUUGGCUUUGUGGCCUUUCAAAACUAUGUUCCUUCUUCUGUGACCACGAUGAUCUCCUGGAUUUCCUUUUGGAUCAAGAAAGACUGUGCUCCAGCCAGGACUUCUUUAGGGAUCACUUCUGUACUCACCAUGACCACUUUGGGCACCUUUUCCCGGAAGAAUUUCCCACGUGUCUCCUAUAUCACAGCCUUGGAUUUCUAUAUUGCGAUCUGCUUCAUCUUCUGCUUCUGUGCUCUGAUGGAGUUUGCUGUGCUCAACUUCCUGACCUACAACCGAACAGCACCCCGUGGUUCUCCGAAACUUCGCCAUCCUCGUGCCCAUGCACAUGACCCAACCCCUUCCCGUGUCCGUGUCAUUGAGCAUCCGGAAGCUUUUGUGUGCAACAUUGAGGACCCCGAGGAGGAGGAGGAAAGUGAGGAAGAGGAGAGUGAGGAAGAGGAGGGCCCAUCUUGCCCAGCCCGGCAGUCCGUCAGGCCAGGCAGCACCCCUCGCCCUGGUGGCUGUUGCAAGUGGUGUGAGAAGUACUGCUGCAUGGUCCCCACUUGUGAGGGCAGCACCUGGCAGCAGGGCCACCUCUUCAUCCAUGUCUACCGCCUUGAUAACUACUCGCGAGUGAUUUUCCCAGUCACCUUCUUUUUCUUCAAUGUGCUCUACUGGCUUGUUUGCCUUAACCUGUAG